UGCUCCAAUGCGCCAAAUUUAUAUUCCUAUCUCUAAAUCUCCGUCAUAAGGCAUUGGAUUAUGCCAAAACCCACAAAACGGGCCCAAAAGGCCCUCCCCUCACCGUCUGUCCCCUCACCGUUUACCCCCGCCCCUACUGAGCUCCUACCUCUUCUCUCCACACUCUCUAAAGACUCGGUCUACAUAAUACACCUCGACUACCAUCCGUCGUGGUUCAAACGUCGCAUAUUCCUCGUACCCGUCGGUCUAAAUGUCACCAUCGUCGCAGUCUUGCUAUGGCGCGCUUACGUCCAAUUCCCCUUCUAUUGGGAACUACUGCUGUCGUUUCUCGGAAACCCAAAUGAUACUACUAUAUACUUCGCAACCACUCAUUGGGCAGAUAUAUUAAAGACAGUGGCUUGGAGAGGACUGGUGUUUUUCUUCGAUUGGAUGUUGUUUCGGAUUGUGGGACCUUGGCCAUGGACUUUCUUUUUUGAAUCGCCGGGGAAUCCGGUAACGUGGAGGUUCAAUGUUGGGUUUAGAGAUGAGGAAGUAUAUGUUAGAGAGAGUAGGGGGUGGACGGCAAAGGACUUGCUCGGGGAGGCCGAGGGUGCGACUGGGAAGGCUGGAGGCGAUAGUCCAUUCUUCAAGACGAGGAUAUUGCCAGCAUUGGAUGGGAGGAGACUGAGAGAGAAGACGGGAUACCUGCUUAUGGAUAAGGGCUGGGAUCUGGAUUUUGCUGGAAUGACCACUGCCACCAGUUUGCUUGAUAAGAACGAGCUCUCCUCCGAGCUGCUCCGCAAAGUCGUUUUCGUGUGGGUCGGACCUCAAGAAUCAGGGCAGUGGGCCGUGUGGGACUGCUGGAAGUUGGAUGAGGGCUCUGAGACUGAGGCUCGACAGAAAAUCAUGUUGUUCAAGGACCGCCUUACAGCCAUGGGAAAGGAGGAUCUUUUCUUUAAAUGGGUGGAAUUGGUGCAAUUCGAGAGCAGUGCAUCGGGAGGCUUCACGCAAGAGAGACAGGUGGCCACUGCAGAAAAGGCGAAGAAACUGUUUGAAGAUCAAGGUAUUGAUUUUGACACCUUCAUCAACGAGAUUGGAGGAUUGGGUGGGAUGCCGGGAAUGGAAGAGGCUGGUCCUGACUGAGACCAACACCAUAUACCCAAAUAUCCAGACACAGGAUAUGGAAUAAACAUCCGCUAUCAUCUCA